AAAAACGGACAGAGAAUAUAAGAAAACUGUGGACACCUUUAACCAAAGAAUCCAAUAUUUUCCAAACAAAAAUCUUCUUCCAUUUUAUAUCAUAACUUCCGCCCAAUGCUUCCUCCCUUUGUUCUGAUUAGAUUCUUCAAAUCUAGUAAAUGGUUUUUAUCUUAGCCAACAACAAUAAUCUUUUGAUUAUACAGAUACAUAUAUUAUAUGAAAAACAGAUAAAAACCCCAUUUCAACAAUGGAUUCUUCAAUGAAAACUGGUUUAAUGACAGUUUUUGCAGUUUCUGGGAGCGUGGUUUUCGUGGCCAUGCAAGUCCACAAACGCCUCCUUUCCAAAUUCAUGGAGAAAAUCGAAUAUGAAAUCGAGACGGCGUCGAAAGAAGAGCCAAAGAAGAAGGUGAGAUUCGCAGAUGACGUGGCAGAAACGGAAAAUCGGAAGGUUUGCGAGAAGGCGGCGGAAUCUGGCAAAUUUAACGAUGAGAAUUUGGAGGCUUUGCCUGAAAAUUGGCAGGCUAUGUAUAGAGAGAUUUUGCAUCAGAGGAACUAUCUUAGGACCUGUAAUUAAUUUUUGUUUCAAAAAUCGCCCAAACAUUUAUGUCAUGUGUGGGUGUAGAUAUGUUUAUUAGGGUAUAUAUUGCUUUUCUCAUGCAACAUAUACGUAGUUUGUAAAAAUAUUUUAUUACUGGUUCUUGAUAUUUUUGGAAUGUAAUUAAUGUAAGUAUAAUUGUAUUAUCUAUA